AUGUUCGUUCUCUCCAAGACUGGCACCAGCAUCGGAUCUCAAAAUGCCUUCAGCCGGGCGAUAUUACGCACUACUCUGUCCUCCACUCGAGUUCAACAACGCGCUUUCGCUUCUUCACGGUCAAGAAUGGUCUCUGGAUCGAGUCCGACGACUCCAAUAUUGAGCAAAAAUGCCAUGCCACCUGUUGGUCCAUAUAGUCAAGCAAUGAAAACACCACACGCAAUCUACUGUUCUGGCCAGUUACCUGCCGAUGCGCAAGGCAAUCUAGUGGAGGGAAGCAUGGGUGAAAAGACCGCCGCGUGUCUGAAAGCCAUUUCCGCAGUGCUCACUGAAGCCGACUCAUCGCUCGACAAGAUUGUCAAAGUCCAAAUCUUCCUGACAGAUAUGAAGGACUUUGGGGAGAUGAACGCCGAGUAUGAAAAAUGGAUUAAGCAUAAGCCGGCGCGGAGUUGUGUUGCUGUGAGGCAAUUACCAAAGGGUGUGGAUCUUGAGAUUGAGUGUAUUGCGAUACCGUAG